AUGGGUAAUUCCCCGGUUUCGGUUUUGGUCAUGGCUAACAAUGAGCUAGGAGGGUGCAUUCCCUCUAGCAUUGGUGACAUGGGGUACACCUUAAAUGAGAUUAUAAUGUCCAACGAUAAUCUCUCAGGAUGUUUACCCGAAGAAAUCGGUAACCUCAAACACGUAACGGUAUUCGAUGUGAGCUACAACAAUUUAUCUGGGUCACUGCCACUAACCAUUAAUGGAAUGGCUAGUGUGGAACAAUUAGAUGUGGGUUACAAUCAAUUUACUGGUGUUAUCCCAGAAGCUAUUUGCUUGCUUCCAAACCUCCAAAACUUCACAUACUCCCACAAUUACUUCACUGGCGAUGCACCCUCGUGUUCCGUCUCGGCCGGGGCCGGUAAGGUUAUCGAUGGAUCUCAAAAUUGUAUCAUUGGUGAGGCGAAUCAAAGGUCCGCUGAGGAGUGUGCCUCACCAUUGGCUACACCCGUUGAUUGUUACUCAUUUGGUUGUAUUAAGAAGCCUGUGUAUACGCCUUCGCCAUCAUAUACUCCUACCUAUUCACCACCACCUUACACUCCAACUUACUCACCAUCGCCGUCUUACACUCCAACUUACUCACCAUCGCCGUCAUACACACCACCUCCAACUUCUUUCGGUGGAGCAUCGUCAGGGUCAUACUCACCGUCUCCGUCGUACACACCAUCACCAGGGUACAACACACCGUCAACUCCAAGCUAUAAUACUCCUUCCCCAUCAUACCAACCACCAACACCACCAACCUACACUCCUUCACCAGAUUACUACUACUCCUCACCUCCACCACCGUCAACACCGUCUUACAACACUCCCAAUUAUCCACCUUCAUCAUUACCCCCACCACCACCACCCGCCUCAGGGUACACUCCUUCCCCUGCAUACUCAACACCCCCUCCAGUAGGAUACAAUAGUCCAUCAUCUCGUUUCUCACCGCCGCUUGUGUUCGUGGUUUUGUGCUCCCUAAAAUUACCACCAGUUCACCGCCGCGGCGCCGCUCGUGUUCGCGUUCCCUCACUAUCUCCUCUCACUCAGUCACUCAAGGAUGUGUACUCAUUUCCCACUUCUCUUUUCAAGUUUUCAUUCAAUAGUUCUGUUCUGUUUGAAUUCGUUAAUUUGUUGUUCGAUCUGUUCGAAAUUGGCUAA